AGCAGCUCCCAGGCUGGAGCUGUGUCACUGUCACAGGUGCGGUUUGUGAAGCAUCCGUUCAGUUAUUGAAGGUCUUCAGUGAGGGUGAAUCGACAAGGUCCUCUGUUCAGUUACUGAAGGUCUUGAGUGAGGGUGAGUCGACGAGGUUCCCUCGGGUCCUGAGAGGAAUGGAGAGUCGCCUCAGAGUUUCAUUCUUCUGUCUUUCAGUCCUGCUUCUACACAAGCCAGCCGAAACCACAAGCCCACCAAAUAUCCAUUUACUUCCUCUACCUUGUGAAGACAUUGUUCCACCAGACCCCAUUCUGACCUGCAUCGUAGCAGACUUCCACCCACAAAAUAUUACAGUAAACUGGCAAGUCAAUGGAAUUCUUCACAGUGUUGAAAAAGCUUCACCCAUUCCCAACGGAAUAGACGGCAAAGAGAAAGCCUUCAUCCUCAUCAGCCACCUGGAGAUUUCCAUGGAGGAGUGGAAGAGAGGUACCACGUAUUCGUGUGUCGUUUCACACGACUCUACAACAAAGAACAAGACAAUCAGCUUGUGCACAGCUUGCUCCAGCAUCGAGCCAACUAUUUAUCUCCAAAAACCCACAUUUGAAGAUAUUUUCAAUGGGAAACGUGUAAGUGCUGACUGUUUUGUGGUCGGGCUCAACGACAGCACUGUUUCCUGGAUUACUGAUGGAAAAGAACAUAAAUCAGAAUCAGUUGAGGUCAAACAAAACCUGAAUAAUACCCAAAGCAUCACAAGUCGAUUGACAGUCUCUGCUGCUGAAUGGAAAAGCUACAGCAAAGCCAGUUGCAAAGUCACACACCCUUGUUCCACCAAAGAGGCGUUUAUUACCAAAGAGACAGGUUACAGUAAACCUACUCUUCAGAUUCUACGCCCCUCUGAAGAUCAGCUUGGAGCCGACAGCGCAGAGCUGACAUGCAUCAUUACUGGAUUCUUCCCGAGUGAUAUCUAUGUGAAAUGGCAGAAGGGUGAUAAAGAGAUUGAUGCCACUAAUUACAAGAACAAUCCCGCUGCUCCUGAGAGUGGGGGAGUCUCCUAUUCAAUGAUCAGUACACUCACCAUCCCCAAAAGUGAGUGGACGACUCGGAAUACCUACAGCUGCAAGGCUGCUCAUGGCACAGCAUGGUUUGAAGCUAAAACAUUUGACAAUAUCUUUGCUUGCUCCAGCAUCGAGCCAACAAUUUAUCUCCAAAAACCCACAUUUGAAGAUAUUUUCAAUGGGAAACGUGUAAGUGCUGACUGUUUUGUGGUCGGGCUCAACAACAGCACCGUUUCCUGGAUUACUGAUGGAAGAGAACAUAACUCACAAUUAGUUGAUAGCAAACUAAAUGGGAAUAAUACCCAAAGCAUCACCAGUCGAUUGACAGUCUCUGCUGCUGAAUGGAAAAGCUACAGCAAAGCCAGUUGCAAAGUCACACACCCUUGUUCCACCAAAGAGGCGUCUAUUACCAAAGAGACAGGUUACAGUAAACCUACUCUUCAGAUUCUACGCCCCUCUGAACAUCAGCUGGGAGCUGACUGUGCAGAGCUGACAUGCAUCAUUACUGGGUUCUUCCCGAGGGAUAUCUAUGUGAAAUGGCAGAAGGGUGAUAAAGACAUUGGUGCUGCUCAUUACAAGAACAACCCCGCUGCUCCUGAGAGUGGGGGAGCCUCCUAUUCAAUGAUCAGUACACUCACCAUCCCCAAAAGUGAGUGGACGACUCGGAAUACCUACAGCUGCAAGGCUGCUCAUGGCACAGCAUGGUUUGAAGCUAAAACACCUGACAAUCUUUUUGCUUGCUCCAGCAUCGAGCCAACUAUUUAUCUCCAGAAACCCACAUUUGAAGAUAUUUUCAUAGGGAAAAGUGUAAGUGCUGACUGUUUUGUGGUCGGGCUCAACAACAGCACUGUUUCCUGGAUUACUGAUGGAAGAGAACAUAAGUCACAAUUAGUUGAUAGCAAACUAAAUGGGAAUAAUACCCAAAGCAUCACCAGGCGAUUGACAGUCUCUGCUGCUGAAUGGAAAAGCUACAGCAAAGCCAGUUGCAAAGUCACACACCCUUGUUCCACCAAAGAGGCGUUUAUUACCAAAGAGACAGGUUACAGUAAACCUACUCUUCAGAUUCUACGCCCCUCUGAAGAUCAGCUGGGAGCUGACCGUGCAGAGCUGACAUGCAUCAUUACUGGGUUCUUCCCGAGGGAUAUCUAUGUGAAAUGGCAAAAGGGUGAUAAAGAGAUUGAUGCCACUAAUUACAAGAACAAUCCCGUCGCUCCUGAGAGUGGGGGAGUCUCCUAUUCAAUGAUCAGUACACUCACCAUCCCCAAAAGUGAGUGGACGACUCGGAAUACCUACAGCUGCAAGGCUGCUCAUGGCACAGCAUGGUUUGAAGCUAAAACACCUGACAAUCUUUUUGGUUACAGUAAACCUGCUCUUCAGAUUCUACGCCCCUCUGAAGAUCAGCUUGGAGCCGACAGUGCAGAGCUGACAUGCAUCAUUACUGCGUUCUUCCCGAGUGAUAUCUAUGUGAAAUGGCAGAAGGGUGAUAAAGAGAUUGAUGCCACUAAUUACAAGAACAAUCCCGCUGCUCCUGAGAGUGGGGGAGUCUCCUAUUCAAUGAUCAGUACACUCACCAUCCCCAAAAGUGAGUGGACGACUCGGAAUACCUACAGCUGCAAGGCUGCUCAUGGCACAGCAUGGUUUGAAGCUAAAACACCUGACAAUCUUUUUGCUUGCUCCAGCAUCGAGCCAACUAUUUAUCUCCAGAAACCCACAUUUGAAGAUAUUUUCAAUGGGAAACGUGUAAGUGCUGACUGUUUUGUGGUCGGGCUCAACAACAGCACCGUUUCCUGGAUUACUGAUGGAAGAAAACAUAAAUCAGAAUUAGUUGAUAGCAAACUAAAUGGGAAUAAUACCCAAAGCAUCACCAGGCGAUUGACAGUCUCUGCUGCUGAAUGGAAAAGCUACAGCAAAGCCAGUUGCAAAGUCACACACCCUUGUUCCACCAAAGAGGCGUCUAUUACCAAAGAGACAGGUUACAGUAAACCUGCUCUUCAGAUUCUACGCCCCUCUGAAGAUCAGCUUGGAGCCGACAGUGCAGCGCUGACCUGCAUCAUUACUGGUUUCUUCCCGAGGGAUAUCUAUGUGAAAUGGCAGAAGGGUGAUAAAGAGAUUGAUGCUGCUCAUUACAAGAACAAUCCCGCUGCUCCUGAGAGUGGGGGAGUCUCCUAUUCAAUGAUCAGUACACUCACCAUCCCCAAAAGUGAGUGGACGACUCAGAAUACCUACAGCUGCAAGGCUGCUCAUGGCACAGCAUGGUUUGAAGCUAAAACACCUGACAAUCUUUUUGGUUACAGUAAACCUGCUCUUCAGAUUCUACGCCCCUCUGAAGAUCAGCUUGGAGCCGACAGUGCACAGCUGACAUGCAUCAUUACUGGGUUCUUCCCGAGGGAUAUCUAUGUGAAAUGGCAGAAGGGUGAUAAAGAGAUUGAUGCCACUAAUUACAAGAACAAUCCCGCUGCUCCUGAGAGUGGGGGAGUCUCCUAUUCAAUGAUCAGUACACUCACCAUCCCCAAAAGUGAGUGGAUGACUCGGAAUACCUACAGCUGCAAGGCUGCUCAUGGCACAGCAUGGUUUGAAGCUAAAACACCUGACAAUCUUUUUGCUUGCUCUAGCAUCGAGCCAACUAUUUAUCUCCAAAAACCCACAUUUGUAGAUAUUUUCAUAGGGAAAAGUGUAAGUGCUGACUGUUUUGUGGUCGGGCUCAACAACAGCACCGUUUCCUGGAUUACUGAUGGAAGAGAACAUAAAUCAGAAUUAGUUGAUAGCAAACUAAAUGGGAAUAAUACCCAAAGCAUCACCAGGCGAUUGACAGUCUCUGCUGCUGAAUGGAAAAGCUACAGCAAAGCCAGUUGCAAAGUCACACACCCUUGUUCCACCAAAGAGGCGUCUAUUACCAAAGAGACAGCUUGCUCCAGCAUCGAGCCAACUAUUUAUCUCCAAAAACCCACAUUUGAAGAUAUUUUCAAUGGGAAACGUGUAAGUGCUGACUGUUUUGUGGUCGGGCUCAACGACAGCACUGUUUCCUGGAUUACUGAUGGAAAAGAACAUAAAUCAGAAUCAGUUGAGGUCAAACAAAACCUGAAUAAUACCCAAAGCAUCACAAGUCGAUUGACAGUCUCUGCUGCUGAAUGGAAAAGCUACAGCAAAGCCAGUUGCAAAGUCACACACCCUUGUUCCACCAAAGAGGCGUUUAUUACCAAAGAGACAGGUUACAGUAAACCUGUUCUUCAGAUUCUACGCCCCUCUGAAGAUCAGCUUGGAGCCGACAGUGCAGAGCUGACAUGCAUCAUUACUGGAUUCUUCCCGAGUGAUAUCUAUGUGAAAUGGCAGAAGGGUGAUAAAGAGAUUGAUGCCACUAAUUACAAGAACAAUCCCGCUGCUCCUGAGAGUGGGGGAGUCUCCUAUUCAAUGAUCAGUACACUCACCAUCCCCAAAAGUGAGUGGACGACUCGGAAUACCUACAGCUGCAAGGCUGCUCAUGGCACAGCAUGGUUUGAAGCUAAAACAUUUGACAAUAUCUUUGCUUGCUCCAGCAUCGAGCCAACUAUUUAUCUCCAAAAACCCACAUUUGAAGAUAUUUUCAAUGGGAAACGUGUAAGUGCUGACUGUUUUGUGGUCGGGCUCAACAACAGCACCGUUUCCUGGAUUACUGAUGGAAGAGAACAUAACUCACAAUUAGUUGAUAGCAAACUAAAUGGGAAUAAUACCCAAAGCAUCACCAGGCGAUUGACAGUCUCUGCUGCUGAAUGGAAAAGCUACAGCAAAGCCAGUUGCAAAGUCACACACCCUUGUUCCACCAAAGAGGCGUCUAUUACCAAAGAGACAGGUUACAGUAAACCUACUCUUCAGAUUCUACGCCCCUCUGAACAUCAGCUGGGAGCUGACUGUGCAGAGCUGACAUGCAUCAUUACUGGGUUCUUCCCGAGGGAUAUCUAUGUGAAAUGGCAGAAGGGUGAUAAAGACAUUGGUGCUGCUCAUUACAAGAACAACCCCGCUGCUCCUGAGAGUGGGGGAGUCUCCUAUUCAAUGAUCAGUACACUCACCAUCCCCAAAAGUGAGUGGACGACUCGGAAUACCUACAGCUGCAAGGCUGCUCAUGGCACAGCAUGGUUUGAAGCUAAAACACCUGACAAUCUUUUUGCUUGCUCCAGCAUCGAGCCAACUAUUUAUCUCCAGAAACCCACAUUUGAAGAUAUUUUCAUAGGGAAAAGUGUAAGUGCUGACUGUUUUGUGGUCGGGCUCAACAACAGCACUGUUUCCUGGAUUACUGAUGGAAGAGAACAUAAGUCACAAUUAGUUGAUAGCAAACUAAAUGGGAAUAAUACCCAAAGCAUCACCAGGCGAUUGACAGUCUCUGCUGCUGAAUGGAAAAGCUACAGCAAAGCCAGUUGCAAAGUCACACACCCUUGUUCCACCAAAGAGGCGUUUAUUACCAAAGAGACAGGUUACAGUAAACCUACUCUUCAGAUUCUACGCCCCUCUGAAGAUCAGCUGGGAGCUGACCGUGCAGAGCUGACAUGCAUCAUUACUGGGUUCUUCCCGAGGGAUAUCUAUGUGAAAUGGCAAAAGGGUGAUAAAGAGAUUGAUGCCACUAAUUACAAGAACAAUCCCGUCGCUCCUGAGAGUGGGGGAGUCUCCUAUUCAAUGAUCAGUACACUCACCAUCCCCAAAAGUGAGUGGACGACUCGGAAUACCUACAGCUGCAAGGCUGCUCAUGGCACAGCAUGGUUUGAAGCUAAAACACCUGACAAUCUUUUUGGUUACAGUAAACCUGCUCUUCAGAUUCUACGCCCCUCUGAAGAUCAGCUUGGAGCCGACAGUGCAGAGCUGACAUGCAUCAUUACUGGGUUCUUCCCGAGUGAUAUCUAUGUGAAAUGGCAGAAGGGUGAUAAAGAGAUUGAUGCCACUAAUUACAAGAACAAUCCCGCUGCUCCUGAGAGUGGGGGAGUCUCCUAUUCAAUGAUCAGUACACUCACCAUCCCCAAAAGUGAGUGGAUGACUCGGAAUACCUACAGCUGCAAGGCUGCUCAUGGCACAGCAUGGUUUGAAGCUAAAACACCUGACAAUCUUUUUGCUUGCUCCAGCAUCGAGCCAACUAUUUAUCUCCAGAAACCCACAUUUGAAGAUAUUUUCAAUGGGAAACGUGUAAGUGCUGACUGUUUUGUGGUCGGGCUCAACAACAGCACCGUUUCCUGGAUUACUGAUGGAAGAAAACAUAAAUCAGAAUUAGUUGAUAGCAAACUAAAUGGGAAUAAUACCCAAAGCAUCACCAGGCGAUUGACAGUCUCUGCUGCUGAAUGGAAAAGCUACAGCAAAGCCAGUUGCAAAGUCACACACCCUUGUUCCACCAAAGAGGCGUCUAUUACCAAAGAGACAGGUUACAGUAAACCUGCUCUUCAGAUUCUACGCCCCUCUGAAGAUCAGCUUGGAGCCGACAGUGCAGCGCUGACCUGCAUCAUUACUGGUUUCUUCCCGAGGGAUAUCUAUGUGAAAUGGCAGAAGGGUGAUAAAGAGAUUGAUGCUGCUCAUUACAAGAACAAUCCCGCUGCUCCUGAGAGUGGGGGAGUCUCCUAUUCAAUGAUCAGUACACUCACCAUCCCCAAAAGUGAGUGGAUGACUCAGAAUACCUACAGCUGCAAGGCUGCUCAUGGCACAGCAUGGUUUGAAGCUAAAACACCUGACAAUCUUUUUGGUUACAGUAAACCUGCUCUUCAGAUUCUACGCCCCUCUGAAGAUCAGCUUGGAGCCGACAGUGCAGAGCUGACAUGCAUCAUUACUGGGUUCUUCCCGAGGGAUAUCUAUGUGAAAUGGCAGAAGGGUGAUAAAGAGAUUGAUGCCACUAAUUACAAGAACAAUCCCGCUGCUCCUGAGAGUGGGGGAGUCUCCUAUUCAAUGAUCAGUACACUCACCAUCCCCAAAAGUGAGUGGAUGACUCGGAAUACCUACAGCUGCAAGGCUGCUCAUGGCACAGCAUGGUUUGAAGCUAAAACAUCUGACAAUCUUUUUGCUUGCUCUAGCAUCGAGCCAACUAUUUAUCUCCAAAAACCCACAUUUGUAGAUAUUUUCAUAGGGAAAAGUGUAAGUGCUGACUGUUUUGUGGUCGGGCUCAACAACAGCACCGUUUCCUGGAUUACUGAUGGAAGAAAACAUAAAUCAGAAUUAGUUGAUAGCAAACUAAAUGGGAAUAAUACCCAAAGCAUCACCAGGCGAUUGACAGUCUCUGCUGCUGAAUGGAAAAGCUACAGCAAAGCCAGUUGCAAAGUCACACACCCUUGUUCCACCAAAGAGGCGUCUAUUACCAAAGAGACAGGUUAUGGUAAACCUGCUCUUCAGAUUCUACGCCCCUUUAAAGAUCAGCUGGGAGCCGACAGCGCAGAGCUGACAUGCAUCAUUACUGGGUUCUUCCCGAGGGAUAUCUAUGUGAAAUGGCAGAAGGGUGAUAAAGACAUUGGUGAUGCUCAUUACAAGAACAAUCCCGCUGCUCCUGAGAGUGGGGGAGUCUCCUAUUCAAUGAUCAGUACACUCACCAUCCCCAAAAAUGAGUGGACGACUCGGAAUAUCUACAGCUGCUUGGCUGCUCAUGGCACAGAGUGGUUUCAAGCUAAAACACCUGAUAAUCUUUGGUAAAAAAAAUAAUAAUGAGGUUCUGCUUUGAAAACAAGAGACUGACAGAAGAAGAAUAUGGAGGUGGAAUUCUAAUGUAACCUUAACUGCAACAAUUCAUUAAUGCUUUUAUAAAAAUAUUAAUAAGGCUCAAGUUAAACUGCAAACACCUGCAUGACAAUUACCAUACUUACUCAAAUUUUUUGCUUUUCUUCAGCAAGCAAGAUGACUUUUCUUUUAAAAGCUGCCUCAUAAAAUGUGUGUGACAUAGCCAUUUUAAUAUAGUGGUACUUUUGGAAACGAAUCAGCAAUGGCGAAUAAUUGCUUUUUAUUAAAAUUAAAAAUGUGUUUAUUGCAAGUAUGA